AUUUUUCCAGAGUAAUGAUCUGAAAUUGAAUAACCAGAAUAAUGGUUGGAGCAUCACUUUUGCAGUCAGACGAUGAUUCAGAUGUCCCCGAUUUAGAUCUCCGUGGGGCUUCAUCCAGUUCUUCUAGACGGCGAAAUUUUUUCAGCAAAUCCACUGCUGAUUAUGAAGAGAUUCGUCAUCGACAGAAAACCUACAAAACCAUAUUCCUAUUCAGUUUCAUAUUUAUUUUCCUAUUGGCUCUCUACUUCCUCUACAACGCAAUGUGUCGACUGAAGCUCCUUUCAGAUGAAAUUGAUGAUCUUCGGCAGAAAAUGGGACACGUCGAGGAAUUUCAGUUGGAGCUGAAAAAGAUUCGAAUGCAGUUUGAAGUGAUUCGGGAGAAUGAAAUGGAGAAUAAUGAAAUAAAUGGAACUGUGAGGAGUUCAAGUACAACUGGAAUGAUUUAUGAUAAGCUGGCAAAUAUUUCCAGUAGAUUUGAUAAUUUAUGGGAUGGGCAUCAAAAGAAUUCAAUGAGCAUGGAAGAUGUAACUGCUCGAAUAUCCCGCGUUGAGAAUAAAUGCCUGGCAGUAUGCCAACAACACGAUACAGUCGGUGGUGUCUCUAUGCCACGUGGCAGAGAGCAACCACGUCGAAGACAAGCAGCUGGGAAGGUCAAGACAACAACUGGAGGUGAUGAUCAAAUUGUUUUCAGACGAAAUGAUUGAGCCAAUUUAAAUGUUCUCCCAAUGAUAACUAACGGGUUCAUCUGCUUUUAUUGAUUUGCACGCAAUCGAAUCUUUCAACGAAUUUGAGAAAAAAUUCAAUUAUUUAAAUUUAUUUAUUUAUGUACACAACAACGCAAACGUUCUACAUGUAUUGGAUUGAAUAUUUAAGAAUGAAAUUUCAAAGAACAAC